ACGUUUAAUGGCGAGACCCGAUAAGAACCCAUUAGCGAGCCGUAACCCUUUCUUGAUGUCCAAGCAGGUUCGACCGUAUUAGUCCUUCUUUCUCCCGCUCCACGAUCUGCUCCUCUUCCAGUCAGGAGAUCGCAAAGAGCCGACUUUUGUUAAGUUUACAAGAAUGUCUCGCCGCUACGAUAGCCGUACGACGAUUUUCUCUCCUGAAGGUCGUCUCUACCAAGUUGAGUAUGCCAUGGAGGCCAUUAGCAAUGCUGGAGCAGCUGUUGGCAUCCUAGCACAAGAUGGAGUGGUCUUAGUUGGCGAGAAGAAGGUCACCUCCAAACUCCUCCAGACAUCCCAUUCAACUGAAAAGAUGUACAAGAUCGAUGACCACCUUGCAUGUGCUGUUGCUGGGAUCAUGUCUGAUGCAAACAUCCUCCUCAACACUGCUCAAGUUCAGGCCCAGCGCUACACUCUUGCCUACCAGGAGCCCAUGCCUGUAGAGCAAUUGGUUCAGUCCCUUUGUGACACUAAGCAGGGCUACACCCAGUUCGGCGGCCUCCGCCCCUUUGGUGUUUCCUUCCUUUUUGCAGGAUGGGACAAGAAUUACGGGUUCCAACUCUACAUGAGCGACCCUAGCGGUAAUUACAGUGGAUGGAAGGCAGCAGCAAUCGGUGGCAACAAUCAGGCAGCACAGUCAAUGUUGAAACAAGACUAUAAGGAUGAGAUAACCCGGGAGGAAGCAGUGCAACUUGCUCUGAAGGUGCUGAGCAGGACGAUGGAUAGCACGAGUCUUACAUCCGAGAAACUUGAACUAGCUGAAAUCUUUCUAGAGCCUAGCGGGGCUGUGAAGUAUCAAGUAUGCAGGCGAGAGUUGCUAGAGAAGUUGCUGGUGAAACAUGGAGUGACUCAGGUUGCCACCGAGUCCACUUGAGUUUUAGACUUCUUUAGUAAAUUGUGGUACGGAAGCUGGAUAUCGUAUGGAAUGCUAAAUUGAGAUGACUGUGUAAUGAAAGUUACACAAGAGGUUUGCCUGGGUUGAGAAUUUGCUUUAUGUAGGGACAUUCCAAAUUUCUGUGUUUUUAGAAUGAAUGUUGAAUCUGCAUUCUGAAAUCUGAAUGGGUUCUAAUGUUAA